AUGCCCUUUCAAAGACUUGCUAAUUACUCUAACCUCGACGACCCAGAGCUGAAAUCACUCAGGGAAAGCUGUCGACAAGGCGACCUUCCACGGGUCCAACAAUUGCUCCCGCACUGUCAAAGUGGCUCGUUUUCUUUAGGAUUGCGAGAUGCUGCUACAAACAAUCAGAUUGAAAUCAUGCAAUAUCUUUUGAACAAUAAUGUAAUCAUUGACCGAUAUGUGGUGGAAGAAGCGAGAUCCCCAGCAGCAUUCAAACUCUUAUUCGACCAUGGGUUAGAUAUCCAUGAAACAGAUCUGCUGCGUAAUGUCCCCCUCAUUAGUUUCGUGGUGCAACACAAUGACGAAGCCCUUCUUCGCUGGUUCCUCGACCAAGGCGCAGAUCCCAAUUUUGGCCCUGAUCCGGACACGGCGAAAUCCAGUAAGCUGGGCAUACACGACUCUGGUGCAGUUCUGGAAACAGCUAUUAUGUUCUCCACUCACGCCAUUGUCGAUAUUCUGCUCGAACACGGUGCCAUACUUGAGAAUAGUCUGGCAUUCCAUGCAGCAGUCUACAGAGAAGAUGGGGGUGUGAUUGACAUGAAGGAGCAUCUCCUCCAGCGUGGAGCAGAUAUAAACAAAUUCGGACGCCAUAUAUUGCCAUCCCACUUUGGAGCGACAGCCCUUCAUGUUGCUGGUUCUAUAGGAUACCGGGAAGUUGUUCAAUGGCUGCUAGACCAUGGCGCUGACCCAACCAUCACUGAUACACAUGGAAUGGGCCCUCAUUUGCUUGCAGAAUUAUACCUUCAAGAUGAAGUUAGAGAGAUUUUACUUGACGCGUGGCUGAAGAAGAAGAGGUUUGAGAAUAUGGAUGAGUUUGACAGACAUCUGGCCGGGGCUGAUCAAGGUUGA